GGUCCCCUGCCCGCCAGCCCUGCGCGCCCAGCCCGCGGCUCGCGCCGGGAGGAGGAGGCGGCGCUCCGGCCCCGCCGCCCGGACGCGCGGAACCGAAAGCGGAGGCGCGGAGGCGGGGAGGCGGAGGGGCGGGCGCAGGGGCGGCGGGGCGGCGCGCGGAGGCCGGGAGGGGCCCCGCAGCCCUGCAGCCCCGCCGGCCGUGCCCGGGCCAUGGCGCUGCGUCUGGCGGCCGACUUCGACCUCCGGAAGGACGUGCUCCCGGGGCUGCGGGCGGCGGCGGGGGCCCGGGGCGGCGGCGCAGGAUGAUAAGGGAAACGUCUUCUUUGGAUUAUUUGAUUGUCACACCAGACAAAAUGAGCAUCUCUAUACAUUUGAGAAAGACUUGCAAGUUGUCAGUUGCUCUGUCAACAGGGAGAGAACUUUGCUUGCUGCAAGUUUAGUUCAAUCUACUAAAGAAGGAAGAAGAAAUGAGCUUCAACCAGGAUCAAAGUGCUUAACUUUGUUGGUCGAAAUCCACCCCGUUAACAAUGUGAAGGUUCUAAAAGCCGUGGAUAGCUAUAUCUGGGUACAGUUCCUCCACCCACACGUCGAAAGCAACCCUCUUCCAGAGAACCAUCUGUUACUGAUUUCAGAAGAGAAAUAUAUUGAACAAUUUCAUAUCCAAGUCAUCCAAGAAGAUGGAAAUGGAGUGGUGAUUAAAAAUUCUGGCCAUCUCCCAAGAGAGAGAGUAGCUGAGGAUUUUGUUUGGGCUCAAUGGGACAUGUCAGAGCAGAGACUAUACUACGUGGAGCUGAAGAAAUCAAGGAGUAUCUUAAAAUGCAUCCAGUUUUAUGCUGACGAGAACUUUAACCUAAUGUUUGAAGCACCCUUGGACAUAGCAUUAAGUGACUCAGGAUUUAAUCUUGUCAACUUUGGAUGUACUGAUCUGCAAGACCAAGAAAAAUUAUCUGAACACCCGACCCUGUGUGUUUUUACCAACCAUACAGGAAGUCUGUGUGUAUGUUACAGCCCAAAGCUUGACUCUUGGGAACAAAUCACGUAUUCAGUGUUCUACUUUCAUAAAGGGCACAGCAAGACCUUCACCGCUGCCCUUGGGAGUGCUGACUCACGUGUGACAAAGGGCAUUACUUUUCUCAACCUUGACUAUUUCGUAGCUGUUUACUUACCUGGUCAUUUCUUUCAUCUACUUAACAUUCAGCACCCAGACCUGGUCUGCCACAGUUUGUUUCUGACAGGAAACAAUGAAGUGGUUGAUAUGCUACCUCAUGGUCCUUUACAGUCGCUGUCAGGGUCCCUGGUUCUGGAUUGGUGUUCUGGAAGGCUCUAUAGGGCAGACCUCAACCGGUCGUAUUUAUUAGAGUUCCUGUGGGACGCCUGGCUGGACUGGGAGAAGAUGGCUGUGCUGCAUUGUGUGCUCUCGUGUCGCCAAGACACACGGUUCCUGGAAACCAAGAUUAUUCAGUGGAUUUCUGAGAACAUCUCCGCCUGCCAUUCAUUUGACCUCAUUCAGGAAUUUAUAAUUGCUUCUUCAUAUUGGAGCAUAUAUCCAGAGACAGGUAACAUGGAUAAACUUUUGCCGUAUUCCUCAGUGCUCACUUGGAAUACAGAAAUUCCUGGAAUAACCCUUGUGACGGAAGAGAUCGCACUGCCUCUGAUGAGGGUGCACAGCUUUAAGGGCUACUGGGAAAAACUGCACUCCAACCUGGAAUAUGUUAAAUACUCUGAGCCACACUCGCACUAUAGCAACAGCGUGGUCAGGAGAGAGUGGCACAGCCUGAUCUCAGAGGAGAAAACAGGGAAAAGGAGGUCCAUGGCGUAUGUGAGGAAUAUUCUUGAUAAUGCAAUAAAGGUGAUUUCCAAGCUAGAAGCAAGGCGUUUGGAGCCAAGGUUAACACCCCUCUUCCAGGAGGAAGACAAUCACCAGAGGCUGCUCGUGGGGCUGAUGGUGUCUGAACUCAAAGACCAUCUUUUGAGACACCUACGGGGUAUAGAAAAGAAGAGAAUUGAGCAGAUGGUUCUGGACUACAUUUCAAAACAGCUGGAUCUCAUCUGCCAAAUCCUGGAAGCCAGCUGGAGGAGACACAACCUUCACCCCUGGAUUUUCCACUUCAACAGGCGGGCGAGCGCCGCUGAAUUCGCAGUCUUUCACAUCAUGACCAGGAUUCUGGAAGCUACUCACAGUUUGUUUUUACCUCUGCCCCCUGGGUUCCACACUCUGCACACGGUCCUCGGCGUGCGCUGUCUCCCUUUGCACAACCUGCUGCAUUACAUUGAUAACGGGGUGUUGCUUCUCACGGAGACGGCCGUCACCAGGCUCAUGAAAGAUCUGGACAACACAGAGAAAAGUGAAAAACUGAAAUUCAGCAUCAUUGUGCGACUUCCUCCACUUAUUGGUCAGAAGAUCUGUCGACUUUGGGACCAUCCUAUGAGUUCUAACAUUAUUUCACGGAACCAUGUGAAGCGACUGCUUCAGGACUAUAAGAAACAGCCCCGGAGUUCUGUAAUUGACAAGUCGUCGUACAGUGUAGAGUUUCUGCCUCUGAACUACUUCACUGGAAUCCUGACAGAUAUAGAAUCCUCCAGUCAAGCUCUGAAUGCUUUUGAAGGACAUGACAAUGUGGACGCAAAAUUUGUCGAGGAAGCCGCUCUGAAGCACACCAUGGUGCUUUUGGGCUUAUAAAAGAGGAAACGCAAUUCUCUCCGCUUCCAAUAUUUUCAUCUUGCUCAUUGGCUCUACUUCUGUUGACGAUUCUUGAGCAAUAUUUAAAAUUGGUACCCCAGACCAGAAUAGAGUGUGGGCCGUCUGGAUCUCAGUCCAGCACCUGUCCAGACGGACCUGCACAGUGGUCCCUCAUCCAAGUUUUGAACAGCAGCUGAGCAGUCAGGUACGGAGAGAUGACAAACGGUCCAGGGAGGAGGCAGUGGCAUAAAUGAUGCUCCUCCUGGUGACUUAUCUUCCUUGCGCUUUAUAGGCCAAAAGCUGCCUUCUGUUGCACUCUGAAAUAAAAUGUGCUUUAAAAAUGUAGGGAACAGUACUUAGAAAAACAAAAACUAGAUGUGCCAUUGAAAAUAACAUGUGACAAAUGGAAAAAUUAAAUAUUGCAUAAAAACUAUGUUUGGAAAUAGAAUACUUUUUAAAAACCUGAAUUUGGACUAAGUCAAAUCUGCUAUUUUCCAGUAUAGAAUAAUUUGUAACAUACAGCAAUUUGUACAUACAGUAUUUAGAGUAGGAUUUGUCUUUGUGAUGGUUCAAAUGGGACUGUAUUUAAUAUUUUAAAGUUUUUUUAUAUUUAUAAAAGUUUGAUUUAUUAAUGUCUUAUUAAAAAAAUGGGAAG